AGGAUGAGAGGGCAAAGGUGAAGUACCAUCUGUGACCUGGUCUGCUAUUUAUUAACAUAGGUGGUGGGAAAGCCACAGAAGGUCCAGUCUAGGAUGACUUGAAGGGGUAUAAAGGCUGGACAUCAGCCAGUGUAGGGCAGCUUGUUUCAUGAACUAAUGCUCGGGUGUGCAUUAAAGCUACACUUCUUCAGUAUUCUUUCGUUUUGUCAAAAUUCUUCUGAUUUUGAAUUGAUUAAUCAUCAUUCUACACAACAAGCUCACAAACCCAGGACUGCCAAGAGAGCCAUAGACUGAGGCUGAACCAGUAUCAGGAUGUAAGGUGUGGACUGUGAAUGCACCACUGCUAAAACUGCACUCCUUAAUAAAAGGACAUGAAUGUGGACUUCUGUUGGAAAUAAUGAAUCCACAUUCUUUUCAUAUCCAGCGGACCUCAACCCCAUCCUCUAAACUUAAACUUAGGUGUGGGAGUGAAAGUACCGGCAAUGCUUGUUCUGAUACAAAGACAGCUGAAUGUGUUCUGGUUCCAAUCAGUGUGAAACCAGAACCAGAUUUAGAUCCAUACUUUCUCUCACUUGAGUUACUCUCAAGAGAGUCAACAACCCAUCCAGAUGAUCACAAGGUGAAGGUUGACCUUUUGGAUCUCAAAUCAGAGAUAAAGUCAGAACUAUCCAGUGAUGAACUUCUAUGUUUUGAAGUUGCUGACAUGAUUGGGGACCCAUUCAAAGACUGUGUUAAACUUGUGAAUGAGCAAGUAAAUAACUGUAGUAUUCCAGAACAUUCGGAGGGAAGUCUGGUUGCACUGCAAAAAGACAAACUACAGCAUCCAACACCACAAGUAGAGGAAGAUCACAGUAGUACUGAGGUGUUGCUGCUUGCUGAGCCUGAGGGUUUGAAUCAGGAAGGCCGUGUUUGCCAUCUUCUGAGAUACAGAACCCAAGUGAAUAACAGACAUGUGAAACAACAGCAUAGUGAGAAAGAAACUUGUGAAGGUACAAAACGUGAAACUUAUAAAGCAAGAAGGAAACUGGGUAACUUGAAACAGUAUAUGUGCUCGCUUUGUGGUAAAAUUCUUGCCAACUGCAAUGGUUUGCAGGUACACAUGCGGAUACACACCGGGGAGAAGCCGUAUGUCUGCCCUACUUGCGGGAAGGCGUUCGCACGUUCUGAUUGGCUGAAAGAUCAUAUGAUGAUCCACACUGGACUACAAAAGCCGAUCAAACCACAUCAAUUCCAAUGCAGCCAGUGUGACAAGAGCUUUGCCAAGGCCUCUGGCCUUCAAUACCACAUGCGGCGUCACACACGGGAAAGGCCAUAUGCUUGCCAUCUAUGUGAGAAACGCUUCAUCGAUGUAAGUGAUUUGAACCAGCACGCAGUGUGCCACUCAAACAUCAGGCCUUUUGUUUGCACUGAUUGUGGAAGCAGCUUUCAACGGCGGUGCACGCUAGAAAAACACCAGCGCAUCCACACUGGGGAGAAGCCCUUCAAAUGCCCAGAAUGUGGAAAAGCCUUCCCAUAUAAGUACAGCUUUACUGUGCACUUGAGGACCCACAAAAAAUUACCAACUAUACACAGGGAUGGAUUGAAUCAACAAUAACAGCAGUCAAAAAUUAGGGUUUGAUUGUAAAAAGAGGUAAUAACAGGAAUUUGUUUUAUGUACCGUAUAUUGUUUGAGUGCAUGAAAAACAGCAAAGGAAGUAUUGUUUUGGGGCAAGUGCAUGGAAAUAUACCGUUCAAGUUCCAAGACCACACUCAAGACCUAUGGCAUUGCUUUCCUUUUCCU